UUGUGUUUGGUGAUCCUUUUUUGCGGUUUGCUAUGCACAUGUUUUUGGCUGUGGUAAUUGGAGAUGACUCAGGCUACUCACCACCAGUCAAGCAUUCAGAGAUCAGCCCAGAUGUAAGAGAGAUACAGUGCAUACAAGAACCUGCCUCACCAGUGACUAAAGUUACUGUGCAGACAGGUUGUCUGGAGCAAUCUAAAGCAUAGAGGGGUUUGCCAUAUCAGACUAGAUGCAUAAGUCUCUUCACCUGUUAACCCUAUGUCUGUGAUGUUGCUGAAUCCCAGACUGUAGUGGAAGCUCGGCAGGUUUCCAUGAUGAGAGCUGGUAAAAAGAUGACCAAUCCCCUUUCACUGUGUCUUCUCAUGGCAAUAAGUGUGAGUGCCACUGUUCAGGGUAUAUUUUAUCCUUUUGGAUCAGCAGUCGGGGAUACUUUUAAUUCCCGUGAGGAUGACAGCAGUUCCCCAAAUAUUACACUGGCUGCCUCGUUCCCUUUCUUCGGCAGAACAUACCAGCAGAUUCAUGUUAAUCACAAUGGACAUCUUACAUUCAACCAGCCAGACACAACUUUCUCACCGCCUGAAUUUCCUUCAACUUCAAAGGAUAUCAUUGCCGUCUUUUGGACAGACAUAGAUAAUCGCGAGAGGGGAAACAUUUCCUAUCAGCAGUACACUACUGGUGAUGUGCUUCACACAGCAACACGAGACAUCAACUCCUACUUCCCACACCUGACCUUCACUGCUUCCUGGGUGUUUGUAGCUACUUGGGACAGGGUAGCCUAUUUCUCCAGAACUCAAACAGAGGCAACCUUCCAGGUGGUUCUCAUAUCAGAUAGUAGUCUGUCUUUCGUGCUUAUGAACUAUGGUGACAUCGCUUCACCUCCAUCCACCAUCGACCAUCCACAGAUUGGAUACGACACUAUUGCCUCCACACACUAUGGCUCUCUACGCUCCUGCUAUGUGAAUGGCACAAUUGAUAGUGUGAACCUGAACUCCUCCAGCAAUGUUGGCGUAGCAGGACGGUGGGCUUUUGUGACCUCACUGCAAUCUACUGUCUUCAGCUAUCAUGUUGUGGGCAUGCAUCUGACAGUGUCCUCAGCUGAGCGUCUGAAUGAGACUGCUGUUGAGGAGCGGAUCCUGAAGCCACUCAGAGACCUGCUGAGAGAGCGUGGAGUAGACGUGUCUGGGAUACGCCUGCGGAGCUUGGCAGGUGUGAGUGCCACUGCUCAGGGUAUAUUUUAUCCUUUUGGAUCAGCAGUCGGGGAUACUUUCAAUACUCGUGAGGAUGACAGUAGUUCCCCAGGAAUUACACUGGCUUCCUCGUUCCCUUUCUUCGGCAGAACAUACCAGCAGAUUUACGUUAAUCACAAUGGACAUCUCACAUUCAACCAGUCAGACAGUACUUUCGUACCGCCUGAAUUUCCUUUAAAUUCAACCAAGGAUAUCAUUGCCGUCUUUUGGACAGACAUAGAUAAUCGCGAGAGGGGAAACAUUUCCUAUCAGCAGUACACUACUGGUGAUGUGCUUCACACAGCAACACGAGACAUCAACUCCUACUUCCCACACCUGACCUUCACUGCUUCCUGGGUGUUUGUAGCUACUUGGGACAGGGUAGCCUAUUUCUCCAGAACUCAAACAGAGGCAACCUUCCAGGUGGUUCUCAUAUCAGAUAGUAGUCUGUCUUUCGUGCUCAUGAACUAUGGUGACAUCGCUUCACCUAAAAGACAUCCACAGAUUGGAUACGACACUAUUGCCUCCACACAUUAUGGCUCUCUACGCUCCUGCUAUGUGAAUGGCACAAUUGAUAGUGUGAGCCUGAACUCCUCCAGCAAUGUUGGUGUAGAAGGACGGUGGGCUUUUGUGACCUCACUGCAAUCUACUGUCUUCAGCUGUCCUGCAGAACCAACAGAACCAGAUCAUGUUGUGGGCAUGCGCCUGACAGUGUCCUCAGCUGAGCGUCUGAAUGAGACUGCGGUUGAGGAGCGGAUCCUGAAGCCACUCAGAGACCUGCUGAGAGAGCGUGGAGUAGACGUGUCUGGGAUACGCCUGCGGAGCCUUUACCAGACAGAGCCAUGAGAGAGCGGAGAAAGAGAGGAUAAAGAGAGCAAGAAAGGAUGAAGAGGAUGCAAGCUGCAUAAUAUUCAGAGCAAAUGAUCCAGUCAUUAGGAUUUUAGAGUGAACUUAGAACCACAGUUUAGAGACUAAAGCAGUGUUUCCCAACCUUUUUUGAGCCAGGGCACACUUUUUCCCUUCAAAAAAUCUCGCGGCACACCACCAACCAAAAAUGAUGAAAUAGUGAAAACAAAUUAUAGUAGUCGCCUAACAAUAUAGUCAUUUUUAUAAAAGUGUCUUGAAUAGCAAUCAAAUAAACACAAAAAUGUAUUUUUUAAUCAUCUUUUAAAUUUCCUCUUUCAAAUAAAAAGUGCACUUAACAUGUCCCUUCUUAAGGAAGCUAUAAACUUCAAAGUAGGCCUAGGCCUACUAUUUACAAAUUGUUAUUCUGUCCAAAAGCAUUCUAUUUGCAGGAAUACAGAAAAUAAUGCUUAUUCUGACAGUAGCAAUGGUAUUUAGGAAAUAUUUCACUGUUACAAUAUGAAUAGGCAUGUUUAAUAUCAAUCUCUGUUAUGCCUUGCAAGUUCAACGCUUGAACGCUUUCUCUGAUUGCGUCUCCAUCCACAAAACGCACAUUGGCCAGGAGUUGCGCAUGUCCACUAAUAUCAGCCUCGUCAAGUUGCAACGCAAAUUUCUUACGGAUACGGAUCUUUUCCAAAACCACACUUUCGAUGUCAGCAGACAUGUCAUCAAUGUCUGGAAAUUGUGUUAUUUGAGAGUGGGACUUCGGCUAUUUCUUUAACCGCUUCAGGUCCACGCAUCUCAUUUAUAAUGGCUUUGCAGGCAGGUAAUAUUAGCGUCUCUGCCACUUUGUGACUUUUCUGAUUUAGCUACAAGUUCAGACGUGGUAGCUAGCUUUAAGGUUCUCUCGUUUACCUUUUCCCCCUCAUAAAUGUUGCUUGGUUCUCUGUUUGCUUACGCAGGCCAACGAAAUAGUCUGCACUCUUGUUUUGUGAAGGGUGUUUCGUUUACAUACCAAGCACAAUGGAAUCGGUGCCGUUGCAUCCCACGUAGGCUUACAAGUAGCCUACCGGUUGACCUAAAUCCAAAUGAAAUGUAACUGUCUUUGUAUUGACUCGAGCUCACGGCACGGCAUUUGCCUUUUUUGACAGCUAGGCCUACUACAAUGCUAUUCGCUACCUGCUGCCACCUAGUGAUAAGGAAUUAUUACAUGAUUAGGACGCCAGUCAACAGCAGACACUACAUAAUGACAUAGGCCUAUAGGCAUUAUUUGCUGAUAAGAAUGAAUUCUUUAAAAAAAAAAAUUAAAAAAUAAAAACAAGAAUUUUCCACGGCACACUUGACGAUCUCUCACGGCACACUAGUGUGCCGCGGCACAGUGGUUGGGAAACACUGGACUAUAGGACGCAGUUGGUUCAAAAACAAAUGUAUAGUACAUCACAAAAAAACAAAGGAGAUACGCACUCCGCGCUUCUAAAUUAACAAUCCGGUGCAACCAGAGCAGGACCAAAACAUAGGCAAAAAGGGAAAUAAAUCUGGUGCCACACGGAUGUCUAUUUUCUGUAAUUUAUUUUUUAGUGCAGUGAGACUAACGUUUCGACAUGCGUCUU